AUGAGUUUCUCUGGUCGUCGCGUAUCCGUCCUUCGUACGGCUUUGGGGACAUCGUCGGAAGGACAGCGAAGAGGGUCAAUCGCCAAACUGCAGGAACCUUCAGCUAAUGAGCUCGCCUCACCAGUCCAUACUGAGUUCCGUGCGCAUCCUGGACACAAAGCCGUCCAUGCUGGUCUUGACCAAACCCGUUCAAGCACUGGCGUAGUAUGGUGCACAGAACAAGCACAGAAAUAUGGCUUCGCCGAGCAUCCUGAGCAAUGGGCCAACCUAGGUCAAGGUGCUCCAGAAGUUGACGAUGACAUUGAAGGCUGUUUCAAGAGACCUGAAACUAUUCCAUUGUCUAUGAAUGGUCGUGAGUACGGGCCAACAGCUGGGAUCAAACCACUUCGAACCGCAGUCGCGAACCUCUACAAUGAGAAUUACAGGAAAGGAAAGCUUAGCAAAUACACGUGGGAGAACGUAUGUAUCGUCCCUGGUGGUCGAGCUGGCUUGAUCAGAAUUGCUGCUGUGCUUGGUAAUGCCUACGUUGGCUUCUUUAUUCCAGACUACACGGCAUACAAUGAGAUGCUGAGUUUGUUCAAGAAUUUCGUCGCCAUUCCAACUCCCUUGUCCGCCAAGGACGGCUACCACAUCCAUGCAGACAAGAUUGCGGAGGAGAUUGCUCGGGGCACCUCAGUCAUCCUUACUUCUAAUCCUCGCAACCCCACUGGCCACUCCCUUGACUUAGACGAACUUGCUGAGAUCCAAGACAUCUGUCGUGAUAGGGCAACUAUCAUCUUUGACGAGUUUUACGCCGGGUUCCGCUACGAUCAUGACUGUGAUGGCAGCACAAUUUCAGCUGCAGCGAACGUUGUGGACGUAAACGAUGAUGAUGUGAUCAUCAUCGAUGGACUUACCAAACGCUUCAGACUACCUGGCGUAAGACCGAAAGAAUUCAUCAGUGCUCUUGGAAGCUGUGGCUCCUACCUAGACGGAGGUACAAACGUCCCCUUUCAAGAGAUGGCUGUUUCCAUGCUCGACCCACCCAAAGUCGAAAUCGAGAUGAAGGCUUUGCAAACGCAUUUCAAGAUGAAGCGCGACUACUGCCUGAAGCGACUUCAAGAAAUAGGGUUCAGCAAGGGCGACCAAGACAUUCCCGACUCGACCUUCUACAUCUGGCUCGACCUGACCACACUCGAUCCUCCCAUCCCUGCCUCAUCGGGAGCGGACAUUUCCAACGGCCUCAGCUUCUUUGACGCUCUACUGAAAGAGAAAGCCAUCGUUGUGCCAGGCAUAUUUUUCGACCUCAAUCCUGCCAAGCGACGAGACCUUUUCGACUCGCCAUGCCACCACUUCGUUCGAAUCUCGUAUGGUCCAAAGAUGGAAGUCCUCAAGCUAGGCAUGGAUGCUAUUGAAAGAGUUGUCAAGAAGGCAAGGGGUCAGAUGGCCAUGUAUGACAACGCUGUAAGCGACGAGCCUGGAAGCCCAAAAGCAGUCAGACGUCAAAGAGGCCCCAGUCACUCUAACAGAGGUCAGGGCGGCGAUCCUUACAUCCAUAGUUGA